GUGCAGUGAACUCAUCACCCUCCAACAUCAUUGACUACUUCUUGUAGAACUGUUAGUGGAGGGUGAUGGAGGACUUAUUGCUCAUAGGAGCUUGUGGAAGCGUAUCCAGUGGUACUGAGUUGAUUUCAGGGAAGCAAGGCACAGGUUAGGGUUAUCAAAGUGGGUUUACGGAAUUGCCGCGAUCGAUAGAGUUGCUUUGUAGCCUUGGGAGAGGUGGUUGUCCACGCACGACGACUAUUUGCUGUGGCUGGUUGCCACUUUUUCAUUAACACCAAAUGCGUGUUCGGUAAUUUGGUGUUGUGAGACUUAAGUUGGUUCAUGCAGUCAUGGCCUCGUUGACGAAAGGAAAGAAUAUGUUAGAUUCUUUGAUUGCGGGGGAGACUACCUUGAAGGAUUUCUUUGGUGGCAAAUAUUCUGAGAAGACACAGGGACUGGACCGUUCACCCUCGGGCACUCGAAAAUGGAUAAAGGAAUUGUCUUCACUUGCUAACGUUGUGGUUGGGCAUUGCGCAAGGAUAUUGCAGCUGCACCCAGAGGAACUGCAGAGGCAUUUUGAAGAGGAAGCCCCUACGUCGGCGAAACACCCAUCUAAAUAUGCCCUGCAUCUUCUUGAGUACAGUUGUUUCAGAGCCCUUUCUGUGCAACAUCAAGUCACUGACCAUCUGAGUGAUAAGGAUUUUCGACGGCUGACUUUUGAUAUGAUGCUUGCUUGGGAGGCUCCAGGAGCAACCGACAGACCUGUUUUGAAGGUUGACGUCGAGAGCACUAUUGGACCUGAUUCUUUUGCGCGAAUAGCACCUGCUAUUCCGUCUGUUGCAGAUGCAAUAACGGUGCACAGUCAGUUUGAAUCUCUCACUGCUAGUAGUGGGAACCGUCUCCCUUUCGCCACCUACGACAAAUAUCUUGAGAAGCUGGAUAAAUCGAUAAAAGCCAUAAAAAAUCAAGUUACACCGUCUCUACUGAAGGCAUUGCAAUUGGAAAAGGAUGAGACUCUGAUUGAUAUUGAUGGGACUGCUACUACCCAGCCUGUUCUCCAGCAUGUUGGUGUAUCUACUUGGCCUGGACGAUUGACUUUAACUGAUCAUGCAUUCUAUUUCGAAGCGGCUGGGGUCGUGUCUUACGAUAAACCUAAGAAAUUUGAUCUUUCGGCAGAAUUAAAGCACGCGGUGAAGCCAGCUUUGACUGGGCCGUGGGGUGCCCGUCUAUUUGACAAAGCUGUUAUGUAUAAAUCAAGUGCCACGGUUGAGCCUGUUGUGCUAGAGUUCCCAGAACUGACAGGACGCUCGCGCCGUGACUAUUGGUUGACAAUUAUUCGGGAAGUUGUGUCAGUUCACCAAUUCAUUCGCACUUACCAACUGGAAGGUGUAGGGAAAGCAGAAGCUUUAGCUAAGGCAGUCUUGGGAAUCGCUCGGUUAAGAGCUACAAGAGAAACUUUUCAUUCCCUGCCUCUCAAGCCAGAAAGCUUACUCACAUUCUCAUUCGCCACAGAGAUAACCGGGGGAGAUUUGAUUCUGGCAGAACUGGCAAACUCACUUCGUAGCACAGGCCGUUCUGAAGGACAAGUAACUGAAGAAAGUUCUUACUUGGGUCACAAGAUCUAUGCAAGCUCUGCUGCAGCUGUUGUAGCUACCUUCCGUCCUUCUGCUUCCAAGGGAGUUGAAAAGAUGAAAGAAUCACCUGUGCCGAUUGGAGAAAUUCUCAUCGGUGAAAUAACUCCCUUGGAGAAGGCAAUUUUACAGUCACGGGAUAAUAGUAAGAAGGUCCUUCAGGCACAGGCUACCAUAGAGGAAGUUAAGGUUGAAGGCAUUGACACCAACGCUGCUGUUAUGAAGGAGCUGCUGACUCCCUUGGUAGCAGUAACUACUUGGCUUCAAGCUGUUCUUGCAUGGGAAGAACCUUCAAAGUCUUUCACGUUCUGUGUUAUUGGGACUUACAUCAUUGUCAAGGGUUGGUUAGCCUACAUGUUCCCACUCUUGCUCGUUUCGAUGGCGUUGUACAUGGCGUAUGUUCGAUAUAUGCGUGCGGGAGCGGCAAUCAAAGAGGUUCUGGUUCUCAAGCCUCCGAAGAUGAACGCGGUUGAGCAGGUGCUUGCCCUGCAACAAGCAUUGUCGCAGCUCGAGGGGCUGAUUCAGACUGGAAAUAUAUUCCUCCUCAAGACACGUGCUGUGGUUUUAUCAGUUCUUCCAGAGGCUACGAAUCAGGUCAUAGCACUACUUCUGGUAGUAGCUACUAUCUUGCUCAUUUUUCCUACUCGCUGGUUGAUACUUGUCACCUUCCUUAAUGUGUUUACAAGUGAAAUGCCUGCCAGGGCAGAAACGACACGCAGAUUUAUUCGGCGAAUUAAUGAAUGGUGGUAUGGCAUACCUGUUGUUCCAGUCCGGUUUGUCAAACCUGAGGUAGAAAGUGAGAAAAUCUGUAAAUAAAUAAGUGGCAGUGCUGUCAUUUUUCUAGUCUCUUAUGUUCAUAUGUUUCUGCACAAGCGAAUCCAAGAUAUAAUUUUCUGUAGGAUACCAGGAAACGAUUGACCCUUUCUUGCAUUCGUUAUGCGUGAUGGCUGAAGGAGGUCAAGGUAGACUCAUCCGGAAUAUUAGAACAAGGUCUUGUGAAUAUAGCAUCUGUUCCAGACGCACUCCUGCUCCUACCAAAAGCUGAAUGGCUGUAGCAUGGAGGGUGGUAGCAUAGAAACCAGUAGAAAAUUCUGUAGGCACUUUCUAAUCCAGAAAAUGAAGGAUUAAUGUCUACAGGAAUGAUUACUUUUCUUUGUUCGUCUUA